GACUCUUUUUCAUUCUUUAGAUCAAGUCAAUUUUGGGUGCAGAUCCUCUGUCACAAUCGCCCAGUAUUGUUUACUUACAGGGCAUCGGGCGCAACGUUAUUCAACCAGGAAGUCACACCAACGCACGACCAUGUCCGACCCCGAGAACACCAGCACCCUAACGCUGUUCCGAGGCUGGCCCACAAGAGGUGAGCACGUCUGGUCGCCCUUUGUCGUCAAGCUCGAGGCUCGUCUGAGGUUCGCCGGCAUGACCUACGAAGCCGGGGCCGGAAGUCCUCGGUCCGCGCCCAAGGGCAAGAUCCCCUAUAUCACAAUCCGCCCGCCCGGAAAAGCCGAGCUCGUGCAGAUGGGCGACUCGACCCUCAUCAUCCAGCAGCUCGUCCGCUGGGAGGUGGUGCCGGACCUCAACGCCAGCCUGUCGGCCGAGGACAGGGCGCAGGACCUGGCAACCAGGGCCUUGCUGGAGGACAAGCUCUACUUCUACCAUACUCGAGAAAGAUGGUUUGACAACUACUAUGCCAUGCGCGACCACGCCCUGUCCGCCAUCCCAUGGCCUGCCCGCGUGCUCGUGGGCCUGCUUGCCUACCGCAGCCACAAGGCCACACUCUACGGCCAGGGCACCCUCCGCCUGUCCGACGAGGAGGUGCGCGCGUCCAAGAAGGAGAUCUGGGAGACCAUCAGCGGCGUUCUCUCGUCGUCUGCUGCCCGCGCCAGGAACACCAGGACGUCCAAGGCGGCGGGUGCAGAGGAGCCGUUCUGGUUCCUGGGCGGCCAUGAGCCUACCGAGGUCGACGCGACGCUCUUUGGGUUCAUCGUGUCGGUCUUGUUAUGUACAGCCGGUCCUGAAUCUCGAGAGAUUGUGGGACAGUAUCCUGUUCUUGCUGAAUAUGCUGAGAGGAUCCAUGCCACUUACUUUCCUGACUAUAGCAAGUGGUGUUAGUAAAUGGGUGGGAGCCAUCUUCUAUCUUUUUUUCCCAUGACAACUUGUCAGAUCAUCUUUCAAUGUGGAGACCCCUCUUGCAAGCAUUAUCUGCUUGUUGGCUCAUAGGAUGCCCUUGGGGAGGAGCUCGGAUCGCCAGGAGGGUGGCGGGGCCGUGAUGUCGCGAUUUCUCUUCGCCUUUAGGAUAGGCAGACGAGGCUUGUAUAUUCAGCCUGGGUUUAAGUCUUUUCUCACCCUCCAAUUUCUUCCUCAACUAAUUGCUAGACAUCGUGUGUGGCAAUUGAGAACAGAUUGUAAUUUG